GAAACUCGAGAUAUUCCCGAAACGAGAGUUGGCGAGUCUUGACUGGAUUUGACGGCCCCGAGAAGUUGAAACAAGCGGCCAAAAAUGCCGAGUCAAGAAAUUGCCACGACGAAGGUUGUCGUCCACCCGCUCGUCUUGCUGAGCGUGGUGGACCAUUUUAAUCGAAUGGGGAAGAUCGGUAAUCAGAAGAGAGUCGUUGGAGUGCUUUUAGGGUGCUGGAGAGCUAAGGGAGUCCUUGACGUCUCCAACAGUUUUGCAGUUCCCUUUGAUGAGGACGAUAAAGACAAGUCCGUUUGGUUCCUCGAUCAUGAUUAUCUGGAGAACAUGUAUGGCAUGUUCAAGAAAGUCAACGCUCGUGAGAAGGUGGUAGGCUGGUAUCAUACUGGACCAAAACUCCACCAAAACGACGUCGCUAUUAAUGAACUUAUUAGACGGUAUUGCCCAAACUCUGUAUUAGUGAUUAUCGACGCUAAGCCUAAAGAUCUGGGACUUCCGACGGAAGCAUAUCAGGCUAUCGAAGAGGUUCACGAUGAUGGUUCACCGACGUCGAAAACAUUUGAGCAUAUCCCAAGUGAAAUUGGAGCGGAGGAAGCCGAGGAGGUCGGCGUGGAACAUUUACUGAGAGAUAUUAAAGAUACUACGGUUGGUACUUUGAGCCAGAGAAUUACGAAUCAACUUUUGGGACUUAAGGGACUUCAUGCGCAAAUCAGAGAAAUCAGAGAUUACCUCCUACAGGUUGGUAAUGGCAAACUGCCAAUAAAUCACCAGAUUGUCUACCAGCUACAAGACAUCUUUAACUUACUUCCAGACAUGACGCAAGGCACUUUUGUCGAUUCUCUUUAUGUUAAGACAAACGAUCAAAUGUUGGUAGUUUAUCUAGCCGCCCUUGUUAGGUCAAUAGUUGCGUUACACAAUCUCAUUAAUAAUAAGUUAACGAAUCGUGAUGCGGAAAAGAAAGAAACGAAGAAAGACGAUAAGAAAGAGGAAGAGAAAAAAGAUGAAAAGGAGAAGAGUAAGGUAAAGUGAUGAGUACAUGUGCGAGCUAUUGAAAUUGAUUUGUUGCGUCGAAUACUGCCACUGUCAGGGGCGAGUCUUCUAUGCAGUUUGUACGUCGCCUCGCGAUAGGACACUGCAUUAAUUGUACAGAAUGUACUUUUAACAAUAAAAGUCGCCAGUUUAAAGUGUAACCAA